UAAAGCUUGCAGAAAGGCUGCCUUGAGUUGUGAAGAAGCAAAAUUUGAGCAGUACAAACUUGUAAAGGGAGGUCAAGUUACAGAUGAGUUGAAUAAGCAAAUGCAAAACUAUCUCGAGAGGAUUAGAUUACUGGAGCAUUAGCCGCAGCAGCAGCAUGGAAGCUGCCUUUGCAGGUGCGUUGAGCUCGACCAUCUCGAGCAUGCUGUCAUUUCACAUUUCGCAGAAGCUUACACAAAUGGGUGUUUCAGAAGCUGAACUUCAACUAAUGAAAGAGAAAUUUCGUUCCAUCCAACUGUUUGUUGACAAUGUACCCAACACAGAAUGGGGUACUGGUAGUCACCUGGUGAAACGCUUGCUUCAAAAAGUCAGCGGUUUGACUUUUUUAGUUGAAAACACCAUUGAUAAGUACGAUACAGAAAUCCUUCGCAGGAAGAAUUGUUCAUUCAAGAAAACUUCCAUCUUGCCCCUCAGUUUUCGGACAUCUCGCAACGUCGCAAACAUCUUCUCAUUGUUGAAUGAGCUCCAGAAGGAGGCUUCUAAAAUGGAAAGAGUAGCACAAGUUACGAGCCCUCAUUUUAAUCGUUAUAAUAGUGUUACAUCGGAUCGUGUUCCAGAUCCAAUGAUCUCCAAUUUUGUAGGAAGGAAAGGUGAUGUGGACAAGAUUGUGUCAACUUUGAGUGAUGGCAAUAUGGGAACGGGAAGUAACAUAUGCAUUAUCGCUAUAGUUGGAGUGGCAGGUAUUGGGAAAACAACCCUUGCUAGCAGGGUCUAUCAAACUGAUAUAAUUCAGAAAAAAUUCAGCAAGAUGUUCUGGAUAAAAGUGGGUGCAGAUUUUGACGCUGCAAGAAUUUUGAAAGAAAUGUUGCAGUCACUGGACGAAGAAAUACAAAAUUUGAGUGAUUUCGAGGCCAUCAUGAGCAAGCUUCUUAAUCUGAUAAAAGGAGAACAAACUUUGAUUGUUCUAGAUGAUUGUUCUAUGAACCAAGAGCAGUUAAAUCUACUCCAUCCAUUGCAAAGUGGUGGGGAUAAAAUCAGUAUUCUGGUAACUACUAGGAGAGCAGAAGCUGCAAGGACCAUGGGUGCUUCCUAUAUCCAUACUUUGGAAGGAUUAUCUGAAGAGGAUACUCGGAGCUUGUUUAAGUCAGUUGCCUUCCAUGCAAGGCCAAUAGAAGAGGAUCGCAAGUUGGAAAUGAUCGAGAAAAUGAUUGUAGACAGGUGUUAUGGUGUUCCUCGACUUAUCUUGAAAUUUGCAGGCUCAUCACAAGAUAAAGAGUUGAUCUUGUCAACAUUGUCGUCAAAUUUCAGCUCGUUGCCCAAAGCUCUAAGGCGAUGUUUUGCCUAUUGUUCUAUAUUCCCAAAAGAUGCCACUAUCCAAAGAUCUGAUUUGAUAAGGCUCUGGCUCGCCCAAGGUUUCAUUUCUAAGGAAGAGAAUAGCGUCAUAAGUGAAACAGAACUUGCUGAAGAAUUCUUUGACAUUUUGUUGAGCAAGUCACUUCUACAAGUAUCCAAGUAUGAUGAGGAUGGGAAUGUCAUGGACUGCACAAUGCAUGGCUUGGCUUACGAUUUGGCAAUGGAUUUUUCUAGACAUGAUGUGUUAAUUAUUGAUGGCCAAACAAAUCACCAAAGCAAUCUUUCUGAUGUCCGGCAUUUAGUAAUCUCAUCGGGGAACAUCGAAGAAGCACCACAAGUGAAAAUUGCUCCUAUUGAACAACUACGUACAAUAAACUCAAUAGUUGCUGCAGUGCCGGAGAGUUUGUUGAGUCAAGCUAAAUCUCUGUACGUAUUAAAAUUAGAUAAUAUUGAUCUGAAAGAGGUGCCAAAGAAUCUUGGCAAGCUGAAAUUUUUACGCUAUCUCGACCUGUCAAAUAAUCCCAUCAAAUAUUUGCCAGAGUCAAUCACACAUCUCUACCUUUUGCAAACCUUACUGCUUAUAAAUUGUAAGGACCUCUUGAAGCUUCCCGAGGGGCUGGCUAAUUUGAUCAACUUGUCAAAUCUUGAAGUUCCACCGCAAUUUCCUAAGCAGAUGGUACCUACUACUGCUCUCAGAAUACAACCCCACAUUAGAUUGGAUGAAGAGGGGGGAUCCGUGAAGAUUUCUGAAUUGGGCAACCUCAAUGAUAUUGCUGGUCCUCUGUGUAUUAGUGGGCUUGAAUAUGUAAAGGACAAAGAAGCUGCUCAAAAAGCAAGGAUUGGGAGGAAACAUGGGCUUUCAGCUUUGGAACUAUGUUGGAAUAGAGAAAUACUAGAGGCAAGUGAGUGUCAAGAUGAAGAUGUUCUAGAUGGUCUUCAACCUCACCCAAAUAUCCGAAGGCUUAGGCUGAUCAACUAUGAAGGCCAAAAAUUUCCAAUGUGGGUGAUGAGGAUGAAGGGUGAAGUAAAUGAGAGACGACUGUACAGACUACAAAAGAUAGAAUUAGUCGAUUGCAAAAGAUGCCAGCAAAUUCCAACAAUGGGGCAAUUACCGUGUCUUCAGGAACUGAUUAUUGCUGGUAUGGACAACAUCGAAAAUAUAGGUCAAGAAUUAUACAAACAUCUUGAUGAAAGUGAAAAAAAGGAUAUUUUAGAAGUAUUCUUUCCUGCGCUGACAAGGCUAGAACUGCGAAAUUUUAGUAAAUUGAAAGAAUGGCUGCCUGCUCCGAGAAGUGAGACAGAAGAUGAUGGUGAUUGUCAAGCAUUUCCUAGGCUUGAGAUAUUGCAAGUUGUCAACUGUCCCAAUUUGAGUAGCAUACCAACCAAUUUUCCACGUAUGAAAAGUUUGCUGAUCCAAGGGAUUAAAAGGUCGGGUAAUUGGUUGGAGACUAUCAUUACUAGUAGUUGUGGUUGGAAUAAGAGUAGUCUAACCUCGUCAGGGGAAAAAAACAGUACUCUGACCUCUAUUGUCUUGUGUAUGGUGUCAGAACUAAAGCGUCUUCCUAACGAGUUGUUCCACUGUACAUCUCUUGAAAAACUCAGCUUACAAAAUUGUCAAAACUUCAAUACAUGGCCGGCUAAUCCAUGGAAACUUAUUUCCCUCAAGGAACUAUGCAUAGAUGACUGCCCUUGUCUUACUUCUUCUCCACAUCUUGAAGGUCUGACUUCUCUCAACACAUUAGUCAUUAGAGGAUGUCCGCGCCUGCCAGAAGCUCCAAGAAGUUUGGGUCAGUGCACAUCUCUUAUUAAAUUGUCAAUAUCUAACUGCACUAAUAUUUCGACAGUUCCAGAUUUUCAGCGACUUACCAGCCUUGAAGAACUAGAUAUAAUAGACUGUGUGAAAAUAAGAACCCUGCCUCCAGGGCUUCAUAUUCUUCCUAACCUACGAACCAUGAGAGUCGGUAGAGUAUGUGACAGGUUUGAUAGGUUUCCACAAUGCAAUUCCCUUGAAAGAUUGUGGUUGAAGGGCAUGCCAGAUAUGAACUCUCUUCCUGAGACACUAAAACUCCUCAUUCAACUGAAAGUAUUGAGAAUUAGGAGUUUUGGUAGCUUGGAAGUAGUUCCUGAUUGGAUAUGUGAGCUCAAGAACCUGCAGAUCUUGAUAUUUGAAGAAUGUGGCAUGUUGAAACAGUUUCCUUCACAAAGAAAAAUGUUGCAGCUAAAGAAGUUACGCUGCUUGCGUAUUGAGAAGUGUGCUAUUUAUGAGCAAACGUUACUUGAGAAUGGCAUUGAGAGGAAAAAAGUUGGUCAUGUGCCGCAUAUAAAAAUCAAAGGCAUCUGGUUCCAGGGAUAUAGAAGCUCAUCAUUGCAGGAAAUGGCUGCUAAAAAAUUAGAUGAUGAAGUGAUGGACGACGAAUAUCUUGAUGCUUAUGGUUAUGAGGGGGAUAUUCCCCACGCAGAAGAUGAUGGCAGUCGACGAAGAAUUCUCUUAUCCUUCCUGGUUUUCUAUGUGCUGAGCAUGGUAAUAAUUAGUUUGUAUUGGACUAUCCUCUACAAGUAAGGUUAAAUGGCUUUUAAACUGUGUUAUACCCAAUUUGGAAGGUGCACUCUAGUCUCUAGUGCACGAUGUUCAUUGUGUAUAUGGUCAAAUUUGACAGCUCCCUUAACAUAAGAUAUAUACUCCCUCUGUAUUUUUAUAACUUACCGACUUUGAUCGUGUGCGUUUGUUAUUUGCUAAUAUACUUCUUUGAUCUUAAUUAUACUACUAUAAGUUAAUAAAGUACUCAUUGAAAACAAUCAAACAAGACUCAUUGCAACUAUAUAUAUAUUUUCUUAUAUAUUGAAAAAAAUAUAGAAAAUUAUCUCUAGUUAUAUAUAGUGUCAACAUUUCAAGUGGGUAAGUUAUAAAAAUACAGAGGGAGUAUUAAAUAAGGAAUUUGUGUUUUUUUGGUUUUAUGUUUUGGUUUCGUUAUGUUUCCUUAAUGUUGCUAGGUUUUUUUUUUUAAUGUAAAACAUGCACAUGUUGUCUAAUUAUGAAUCAUAUGUAUGCUGUUUAAGUGUUUGUUCUUUUCA